AUGGAAAGGAAAGUUGGCAAAGAUUUUAAUGCUGACUGUACGCCAAAAUCGAUCGAUGAAAUCCGAGAUGCGGUAAGAUUCUGCGUAAAGUUCGAAGUCAAUGGACACGACGGUAAUGGAACGGAUAUCUUUAAGUGCAAAGGUGGAAACCUUUUUCACCGAAUCCAGCUGGUUUUCGACCGCAUAUGGCGAAAGUCGUUGAUCCCAGAAAACUGGAAGAAAGGCGUAACAGUUCCGAUCUUCAACAGUGGGAGUCGCGCCGACUGUACACGAGCUGUCGAGGAGUCACUGUCUUGCCGGUGUUGGAGAAGGUACUCGCGCGAAGGAUUCUUGGACAAUGGAUGA